UAAAAAUAAAUAAAUAACGAGGCUGGGCUUAAAAGUAGGCCAUAGCCCAGUGGGCCUUAGAUGUCAGCGGUUAAAGCGGUUUCUUCAGGAAUCUACUACCCCCGCAAUAACUCUCGUUCUCUGCACAAAGACGAUAAACCAAUUUCGAGAAAAAUCUCACUGAUUAGCAAACAUGUCUUCAGCUCGUUCCGCGAUCGCAGGUUUGGCUCGGUCCUUGAGGGAGAGUCAGAUCGGUGCAUCUCGAUCCGUUGGAUCGAUUCGCUGCUUUAGCGACGACAAAGGUCGUGUGCUCAGCGAUGAGGAGCGCGCCAAAGAGACCAUCUACAUCCAGAAAAUGGAGAAGGAGAUACUAGAGAGGAAGAAGAAACUCGAGCAACAGAAGCCAGAAAGUGCUGGAAAGAAACCAGAGGAAAAGAAGCCCUGAGUUCAGCAUCUGCAGUAUGUGGUCACAAGGCAAGCAACAGUGAAAAAUAAGCCUUUUGACAGUUUGACCUUUGUCCUCUCUUGGUUUGAGACUUUGUACUUGUCACCCUCUUUGUAUGUUUGUUUGUGUGUGUGUUCUAAAGAAAUCAAGUUUGAAACGGUAGUAUAAAUGACUGCGCCGAUUUAAAAGACA